UUUAGCAAGGGACACUUUGUAAAGACGGUGACGAAAAUGAGUCGGUGUGGACGAGUCACCAUUAUAGAGGCAAUCGUUCUGCUGAUCGUUACAGCAGGGCAAUUUAGAGCCGGAGACGCUCAGUUUCCUAGAGUUUGUACGAGCGCAGACCAUAUCUCUCAGAAAGAAUGCUGCCCGAUUCCACCGGGUUUCACCGAACCGUGUGGAGGGCCCGGGCGGGGGAGGUGCGCCGAAAUCGCCGACGCCACAGUCGACGACCCUGCCUGGAAGGAAGCAUACAAGGUGGACGACCGCCGCCACUGGCCGACAGUGUUCUUCAACAGGUCCUGCGUGUGUGAAGGCUACUUCAGCGGCUACGACUGUACGAAGUGUAUCUGGGGACGUCGCGGGCGGAAUUGUACAACAGAAAAGUUAUCCGUGCGAAGAAACAUCCGCCAUCUCAGUCCUGAAGACGUGGAGACGGUGAAACGCUACUUUAACGCCGCCAAGACGGCUCCCAGCGACUACGCCAUGGCGCUAGAAUUUUACGAGGACAUAAACGGGAGUGAAGACUUUGCCGAUGUGUCUGUGUACAACUAUUUCGUAGCGACGCAUUACUACGCCAGCCGCGCCACCAUGCCACCUUAUAGAUUUGGCUAUUGUAAGACAGAGGCAGAUUGCCAGAUAGACUUUGCUCACGAAGGCUCUGGCUUCCCCACGUGGCACCGCGCGUUUUUGCUUGACCUUGAGCGGGCUCUCCAAGAGGUGAACAAUGACCCUGACUUCACCAUACCAUACUGGGACUGGACUGAAGCAGAACACUGCACAAUCUGCACUAAUGACUAUGUCGGCGCAAACUACGGAGACGGGAGCCUGGAUCCACGGUCGCUAUUCGCGACGUGGGAGACCAUUUGCGUACAGUCAGACCCCUUCUACAACGCCACUUCAAGGAACCACACCAAACCGUGCAAUGUGACCGAGCGCGACGGCCAUGUGAUGAGGAACCCCGGUCACCAGGACAGGAAAAGGUUUGGAGAGUCGAUGUAUCGCCUGCCAACGGCAGCCGAGGUGGACUUUGGCCUUCGCUUCCCCACCUUUGACAGGCGGCCCUACAGCAAAACAGCCAACUGUACCUUCCGAAAUUUACUCGAAGGUUUUGCGGACACAAGCACGGGGAAGUAUCGAGGAGACAGGUAUGUAAACGGCACGCUGAUCCCAGGAGCCCACACCCUCCACAACCACGUGCACCUGUACCUGGACGGUACCAUGUCCGCCGUCCCCUCAUCGGCCAAUGACCCAAUCUUCUUUCUCCACCACUGCUUCGUCGAUCGCAUCUUCGAGAAAUGGAUUCGCCGACAUAAGACCCCAAGUAACGAGACUUUGCCAAAGACAGGUGCCUCCCCGGGACACAACCGCCAUGAGUACAUCGUGCCGUUCUUCCCGCCGUACAGCCACGCCGACCUCUUCAAACCGUCAACAGCGCUGGGAUACGAUUAUGAGGACGUUGACGGCGAUGGGAUGUCUGAGGGAGAGAGAAUCCAGGACGACAGUAACCUAGGGGAGUGCAGCACCGCCACGUGGGAUGACGUGCUGAUAUAUGUAGUGAUUUUUGUUGUUGGGUUUGUGACGCUGAUUGCGAUAUUUGCUUGUUUCUGUUGCAUUUAUUGUUAUAUAUGUAAAAGGAGGCAGCAACGCUCGGGUGCUGGGAGGAGUAAUUGGGUGCCCCUGAGCACGAGCGCCCCAGAGCACGCUUGAUCGUUAUGUUACAAAACGUAGUGUCACAAGUCGUUUCACAGCAGUUUAAAGCAAUUCAAAUAUCCAGCAUUUUAAGGCUAUUUUUAUAUAUACAACAUUAAGGCAAUACGUUUAGGCCCAUACGUAGAGAUAGGCACAUAAAAAAAAAGCUACAUUAGUCAGGAAUUCCACCAAUGUCUCACCCAAUGCUACAUACUAGUAUUUUGUAGAUAACUGUUAGUUACGUUUCUACUUAGCUAUCAAUUAGAUGGCUAUUUUUGUUCCUUUUAACCAGAAUUAGCUCAUCCAUACUACUUUCAUAACCUAAGUAAUAAAAGACGUCAUAUACGUUGUGAAAAUAAUGGUGUAACGGGAUAACAAAUGGUACCGUAGAGAUAUGUACUUUAUGUCAAUUUGUGAUUUUAAGCGGCCAAUUUUUUGGUUUAGACAAUAGACCGAAAAUCCUGGUUCUUCGUGCAGAAUAAACCUGAUUGACCAUCACAA